CUGAUGUCUCUGUUCCCAGACCUGGACCCAGAUUGGACUCCCGACAACUAUGAGUACAGCCCUGAGUACUACACGCAGGAAGAGAGCACGGAUGGUGCUGUUGACCACACCGAUAAUCCUGAGUGGUACUAUGAAGACUACAGUGAUACCCGGAACGAUCCAUGCCUGUCCAGCCCCUGUGAGCACGGUGGGACCUGCCUCGUCAGUAGGGACACUUUCAAGUGCAGCUGCCUGGCCCCUUUCUCUGGAAGCAGGUGUCAGAAUGUGCAAAACAAGUGCAAGGAAAACCCAUGUGGCCUGGGCGAAUGUCUCAUUACUCAGAGUCCUCCCUACUACCGCUGUGCCUGCAAGCACCCCUAUAGGGGUCCAGACUGCUCCACAGCGGUUCCUGUGUGCAGGCCAAACCCCUGCCGAAACGGUGGUACCUGCUCCCGGAACCGGCGAAGAUCCAAGUUCACCUGUGCCUGCCCCGACCAGUUCAAGGGGAAAUUCUGUGAAAUAGGUUCUGAUGACUGCUAUGUUGGUGAUGGCUACUCUUACCGGGGGAAAGUGAGUAAGACAAUUAACCAGCACUCAUGCCUUUACUGGAACUCCCACCUCCUCUUGCAAGAGAAUUACAACAUGUUUAUGGAGGAUGCUGAAGCCCACGGGAUUGGGGAGCACAACUUCUGCAGAAACCCAGAUGGAGACAAAAAGCCCUGGUGUUUCAUUAAAGCAAACAGUGCAAAGGUGAAAUGGGAGUACUGUGAUGUCCCAUCCUGCCCAGCCCUAGACAUUACCGACCCUGUAGAGCCCCUGACCAAGCUUCCGGGCUUUGACUCGUGCGGGAGGACUGAGAUAACAGAGAGAAAAAUCAAGAGGAUCUAUGGAGGCUUUAAGAGCACGGCGGGCAAGCACCCGUGGCAGGUGUCCCUGCAGACCUCGCUGCCACUGACGACCUUCAUGCCCGAGGGCCACUUCUGUGGGGGGGCGCUGAUCCACCCCUGCUGGGUGCUCACUGCUGCCCACUGCACUGACCUAAAAGCCAAAAAUCUAAGAGUGGUACUAGGGGACCAGGACUUGAAGAAGACAGAAUUCCAUGAGCAGACCUUCAGGGUGGAGAAGAUACUCAAGUACAGCCACUAUCAUGAACGAGAUGACAUUCCCUACAACGAUAUCGCUUUGCUCAAGCUAAAGCCAGUGGAUGGUCACUGUGCUCUAGAAUCCAAAUAUGUGAGGACUGUAUGUUUGCCUGAUGGUCCCUUUCCCUCUGGGACCGAGUGCCACAUCUCUGGCUGGGGUGUUACAGAAACAGGGGAAGGGUCCCGACAUCUCCUGGAUGCCAAAGUCAAGCUGAUCACCAACACUCUGUGCAACUCUCGCCGACUCUACAACCACACAAUUGACGAGACCAUGAUCUGUGCGGGAAACCUGCAGAGGCCUGGGCAAGACACCUGCCAGGGUGACUCUGGAGGCCCUCUGACCUGUGAGAAGGACGGGACCUACUAUGUCUACGGGAUAGUGAGCUGGGGCGAGGAAUGUGGGAAGAAGCCAGGGGUCUACACCCAAGUUACCAAGUUCCUGAAUUGGAUCAAAGCCACCAUCCAAAGGGAGACUGGCUUCUAA